AUGACUGUCACCAAGGCUUCCACCUGCUGCGCCAAGGACGGUGCCGUCUGCGCCUGUGCCCAGAAAGCCACCUGCUCUUGCGGCAAGCAGUCAGCUCUUCACUGCACCUGCGACAAGGCCUCAUUAGAGAACAAGGUCGAGGGGCCUCGAUGCUCAUGCCGAGCCAGACCUGCCGGCGAUUGCACUUGCGACCGCGCAUCUACCGAGAACGCUGCUAUUUCUGGUGCAACAUGUGCCUGUGGCUCAAGACCGGCCGAUGGAUGUACUUGCGAAAAGGCACGCGACGGUGGCUUCAACCCAGCGCUUGAAAUUGACUUCACCACACGAAAGUAA